UGGUCCGGCUGAGCAUGGCCGCGGGAUCCGGAGAGCACAGUUAUUACAUUACCAGAGUGACAACGAAGACGUCUCCCAGCCACGUCGUUUGUCUGCGUUGCCCGGACUAUCUCCCUGGACGCUCGUGCUCGAACCUUCCUCCGCGGUGGUCUGGAUCUUGAGGAGGGCGAACCGGGUCGGACAGAAAUGCUCAGAUUUGUGGAUUCCUCCGCGUAGCUGCCACGGACACCGUCGGGGAUCUUCUCUCGGGUUGAGCGGUGAAGCGCGCGCGCUGCCAUCAGUAUGAACCAAAGCCGAAAAGCUUCCGAAACCAACCGCUGCUGAGGCGCUGACUGUGUUCGACGCCAGAGGAACUUUGUGUGACUUUUCAGCUCGAAGCGAGGCAGCGUUUUUUUGGCGACCCAGAACUUGAGCGGACUUCAGUCAGGAGUUUGAAGAACUCAAGACACAAGCUGCAGAUGGAAACGAUCGUCCUCCUCGUCCUCAUCACCGGGGCGUGUGUCUACGGCCAGGACCCGGCGUCAAAGUUGGUCUCCGACCGCCACGCGGUUUUCUGGAAUCGAACCAACCCCAAGUUCUACCGCGGUGACUACCACAUCGACGUCUGCAUCAAUGACUACCUGGACGUCUACUGUCCUCACUACAUGAACCCCAUGUCCGACGACAGGGCGGAGCGCUACGUCCUCUACAUGGUGAAUUAUGACGGCUACAGCUCAUGCGACCACACCGCCAAGGGCUUCAAGCGUUGGGACUGCAACAGCCCUCUGUCGCCCAAUGGACCGCUGAAGUUUUCGGAGAAGUUCCAGCUCUUCACGCCAUUCUCUUUGGGUUUUGAGUUCCGCCCAGGCAGAGAGUACUACUACAUCUCCUCCCUGACCGACUCGAAGGGAAGAAGGAGCUGCCUCCGACUCAAAGUCUUCGUCCGGCCUCAAAACAACUGUGUGAGGAAUUCUGGCAGCGUGCAGGAGGGAGUCGACUUCAACGACAACUCACACAACUCUCUAGAACCCAGAGACGACAGCAGUCACGAGUCGCCCAAACCUCGCCGUCGGGACGCAAACUCAGCCGUCCAGCGACAAACUUCACUCCCUCUGCUGAGCGCCGCGCUGCUGCUGGCCUCCGCCGUGUCUUUAUAGCGUCUUUGAGGCGUCCGCCUCGAAUGCACUGUCCUGACUGGACCACGGGCCGCCCUGCUCUGCAACCCCUCCCGCCAAGGAGCACUUUAAAAGAAAAAGAUAACCACUGACAAUCUCUUUGAAUGAAAAAAAGAAGAUGUGAGAGGAAGAGACUCGGACACUCGAAGCCUUCGACAUCGCUGAGUUACACGCCUUUUACUGAGACUCGAGACGAUAAGGCGCUCGCUCGGACUUUCUACUGUUGACAGAACGCUAAGUGUGUAUAAGCACACAGAUUCACACAACACACACACACACACACACUCCAGUCAGUCUGCUCUUGUGUUUAAAGAGUGAAGAAGGAUUCGUCAAAGUUUACAACAUGCUCUUCUGUUCACGUUUCCUCCAUCAACAUCCACAUCAGUACCAAGAAGAUCGUUGGAUUACUCAUCUCACAUGGGCCAAACAUAAAAGGAGUUGUUGCUAGGAGACAGUUGCCGGGGCCACGGGGGCAGGCCUUUCGCAAUACAACCUUCUUCUCAGGUUAAAAUAGAGUUGCAUGUAUUAUCUGCGGAAGACGCUCAUUGAGAAGUAAACAAAAAAAAAGGCACUGAUCCGUUAGUUCUGGUUAGAAGUGAGUGAGUUUGUCUUUAAUAAAACACCGUUGUAGCAGCCGACAUGACAUGGGUGUACAGUAUUUACGUAGAUAUUUCUCCUAUUUAUUGUGAUGUUUCUUCGGUUCUCUCUCUUCUGGUUUGUAAGUACAAUAGCUAAGCAGGAAAAAAAAGACAAAAAAACAUCUGGUACAAUCAAGACAUACACGGUUCUUCAGUUGAAACUAAGUGGUUUUUAAUUAUGUUAACAAGAAAGAAAAGUCUGAUGUGAUGUCAGGGUGUAGAAAUCAUAGCUCAUGUGUGUUUGUCUUUAACGAAUGCCACAAGCGUAGAUGUAGUCCGCUAUUGCUUUUGUGAAUCACUGUCAUGGUAACACAUAUUGUAUAUAGAUGAAAUGUUUAUUCAGGGAUGUGUCCACUUUCAAACCCUUCUUGUUUUUAUUUUUUCUUGAAGUCCAGCAGCUCACGGUUUGGUGAAGUCUGGCCUCAGAUGUCCCGCGGUUAGAACCCAAAACUGGUGCAGCGGGGACGUGAUGGAACAAGAGACUGGGGCACCUUUUAUAGUUUUUGGGGAAUGGGUUGAUACUGAGUGAGUUUUCUUCAAACGUCUGCACCAUGUAUUUGCAUCACUGUGUCACACUUUUCUUGGAAGGCAUUUGAGUGUAAAUGUGAACGAGUGUCAGAGUUUGCCGCCUGAUGACUCUGGGUGUGAGAGAGCCUGCUGGAUUAACAUUUUCAUCUCAGUUAAGUGAAGACAAAUGACUUCUGGAUCCCAACAACCUGUCCAUGCUUGGAUCAUAUUCGCCUUUUUGCCGGGAAUUGACAGCCGUUCAGAGUCAUCACCCUGAGUGUGAGUGUCUCCUGUGUCGUGUUGGAGAUUCAGCAAUGGAUUAUGAGUGGAAUAACUAUCAUUUUAACACCGGCAUCAUCAUGAGCGUUCUUGCUAUAGUUGACCAGCAGUGGGAGCCGGCUCUUUCUCACCUAUAUUAAUCGAUCAGACUGUAGCAUCACUUCCUGGUAAAUCGUCACCUGCCCGUCACUUGAGCAUCUGCAUGUCACUGUGUUGUGAAUUUUCACUCAUCUUUUUAUGAGCACAUGAAUCAAAAAUCCCCGAAUAAUCUGAGCAGCUCGCGGCACUCGCACUGCUAGUCUGGUACUAAAAUGUCCGUUUCACCCAGUUUAUAGAAACAAAGCGCCACAGUGAUGGAUGUCAACAGAUCAGUUACGUUUUAUAAUUUACAUUUUCUUGAAAGCUUCUGUGGAAGGAUUCAACGCCAUCGACGACUUUAGCCCACCGAUUAGAUGCGUGGAUACCGUGUAUCCAAAGAUGCUCACACAGAUCAUUUCUCUUGAGAAAAAAAGGCCAUUGUUUGAUAUUUACAAAAAUGCUUCUGCUUCUUUUGUACUGUACACUUUUCUAUAACUCCGCAUAGACUCCGUCGCCACUUUUAUUCCAGUUAUCUUCUCUGUCCAAAUGUUCAAACUUAGUAACAUCACAUCCAGCUUCUAAGCUGAAGAGGCAGUGGACUCAAGUCGGUGCAGAAGCUUGAAACAACAGGAGGUAGUUCUCGUGCAGUUCAUAUUUACAGAAAAGUCUCGGCCGUUUCAUGCUGCCAGAAUCGAAACACCUUCUGUUUUGGUUUGUCUGCUUUUCACCCACUGGAGCGUCAACUGUUGUUGCUUUCAAGCUCGAUUCAGAAGCUGUACCUGUACCUUGUGCCUAAUGAUUCCCGUCUUCUGUUCCUGCUCAAUCCCACACAAGACUUUUCUACAAAGAUGCCAUUUUUUUGUAUAUACACGUGUUUGAGCAGCUAUAACUAAC